AUGUCGUCUUCGCCUGCGACCUUGCCUCUUCGACUCGACACACAGUAUGACGAACCAGUGCUUGGGCCAGAAGUCAAGGGAGGAGAGAUGUGCGGUGAAGAUGGAGGCAGGGUAGAUGGCAGAGCUAAAUCUUUAGGGUCCAGACCAAACACUGCUCUGCUGGGUGCUGAUAUGCCCCUUGAGCAUUCAAUUCAGCUUCCAAUUGAACUAUGGGAGAAGGUGAUUGACGUUCUGGCGAACGAAUGGGUGGACGUGUUGUGGCGUGACGUGACAUAUGAAGCCAGGCUGCAUGUACUGGGAAGAGUGUGUCGGGAGUGGUAUGCCCGAUGCCGCUUUCGUGCUUGGGAGAAGCUGGAUGUGGAUCGCAUGGACAAGACAGAGGUCUAUCGCCUGAUCAACGCACUGAAGCAGAACCCCGAGCGCUGCCAUGCCAUUAAGACAGUCUCAUUCCAUUUCCAGUGGGACUCGGCGUUGAUGAGCAUCUUUGGGACGUUUGCUGUGUGCAUGGCACAGAGACUACCCCCAGUCAAGCGCCUCAUACUCGGGAGGUACAAUUGGGAGCUUGGACAGCUACACGCGCAGGUCUUCGUCCACAUCACUCUCGCAUUCGAGUCGGUCGCCGUGCUCAAGCUCAUGGAGGUGCGAUUCCCUUCUGCGGCAGUUUUUGGCCGGCUUCUGCGUGCGCUUCCGCGCCUGUCGUCCCUCACAUGCUGGAGCGUGUCCUUCAGGAAGCGUGGCGAUGUUGCGGGCCGAAUAUGGGAAUUGCACCCCCUCCGACUCGAGGGCGCCGAUGUGCGGGACAGCGACGACGUUGUUAACUUCCUCGUCUUGGUCGGCGCACAACUACGCCACCUCGUCUGGCGUACUCGGAGCUCGGACAAGUGCUCAGAGCUGCUCGCUGUGACCGCUGAAUCGCUCUCGUCCAUAUGCCUCGAGCUACCACGUUUUAUCUCCAGGAAAAUACGUUUCCCCGACUUUACAAUUGAUCUCACCCCAGCUAUUCACCUGCGUGUCCUGUCGUUCACUGUUCCGCCCGCAGGCUUGCCAGGAGCAGCGAAUGUUUUGUCUCGCACGUCUCUCCCUAAGCUGACAGUGAUCGAGGUCAGAAUCACGUCAGUGCUCUUAGGUCCCAAGUCAUAUUCGUCAAGACUGGAAAACGCCGACAAGGACUCCUAUGGACUGAUUGACCAGGCUCUGUCCAGUCGUCAUACAAAAGGUUGCUUUUGA